GUGCUUUGUUCGCUUACCGACCCAUGACCCAUAACUUACACCUUGAAACAGCAGAUACGUCCACGGCGAACCCUGAGGCGCAGUCUUUGGCAGGUUGCUACCAGUGGUGAUCUACGCCAGCCCACCUUGAGAGUUGGUCCGCAAUACGAGGCUCGGACGGCGCAUUUUCUACUCGAAGAGUACCCGCUUUCGUCCUUGGUUCGGAGCAAACUCUAUAUAAUCUUUCGCCGAAGCACGACCGAGUAUUCAUGUCUACUCCUACUCGCCAACUUCGAAGACUGUCGAUUACCGGUGACAUGCCAACAGUCCGCCCCAGAAAAGAGAUCGUCAGAAGUCAGGCCGAGGACAGCGAUGACAGUGAUGGUUCGGAUGGUGGAAGCGAUUCCAGCGCAGACGAAACGGCAACUCCGACGGCACACUCGGUUGUACACGGCGCGUCAGGCCUUUCUUACGACCUCUCCAGGCUGUCUUUCGGUUUCAAGGCCAGAGCUCUGGUGGGAUUGACGAGUCACUUCGACGUGAUCCGCUGCCAGGAGACGCAAACAGGAUACGGGUUCCAGUUGUCAGAGCGGCCGCACGUUCAUCUCGGAGCAGAGUCUUUCACUUGCACUUGUUCGACGUACUCGAGUCAACUCAGUGUACCGUGCCAACAUAUCUAUUGGCUUCACGAUCAGCUUCAUGGCCGCCUCUUCUCCCGACCUCCUACCCCCGACAUUCCUCUAUCCAACCAUGACCGCCUACCGAACCUGGGACGCAUCCGACAACUGCUCGAUAGCAAGAUACCUACCAUUGCGCACGAAUCGGACUGGCCGUAUUCGCCCUUCGAGGCCCACGGGGGGAUGAACCGCCAGGAGAUGGUCAGGGAUAUCAUGUCCGCCUUCGAUAGCGCCAUCCUGCCCGAGGACUUCCGUCCGGACCUUGCCGGUGAUGAGCCGGGGCAGGCCCGCACGCCCGAGCAGUGCGUGGUGCAGGGAGACUUUGCGGCGACCUUGUUCCGGCUGGCUGUCCACGACGACGCAGUCUACGCUAGUCUGCGCAAAGCGAUGCCCAUCGGGGCUUGCACGGCGAUAUACUUUGACAAGGUCCAGCAGAGACUGCGGAGCUUACUCGCCGGCUUCGAUCGGUACUGCCAGACCGGGCAGCUUCCGACGGGAGUCCGGGUCUUGACUGCCAGGACUGUGCUGGAGGAGAUCCACGGUCACGUCCAUCGGAUUCAGAGAAGCAUCGUUGCGCGGGCACCCCACGGCGCAGAUGGGGCUGCGAAAGCGCUCGUGACGCUGCUGGAAGAUAUCUGCGGCCGUAACCGGGAUCCCUUGGAGGGCAAUACCUGGGGUCGAGAGACGUUUGACGGCGAGGACGAGGACCGGCGCAAUCUCUAUCACCAGCUCGUUGGCAGGACCAACGAGACUGGAGACUUCUUUGUCCUUGAUGUUCUCGAGCAGCUUCCCCUUCAGGACCUUCGUCAGUUCGAGGAGAAGCUGAAGGGGGUCCUGCGCAAGGUGGAGGUAGACCGCGCACCCAAGGCGUAUAUCAUCCGGCUGGACGCGCUGAUCCGUGCUCUGGCAUCGACUGACGCAGGUGCUGGUCAGAAAAGGCCGUCUUCAGCUACGACUACCGGCAAUAGCAAGCGAGCUCGAUAGAUUUCAGGCGCGGCAUUGCCUCAUUCAGAGGAUCUUUCACUUUUUUUUUUCUAAGGCUAGAUAGCGUUGCAUUGGGUGGUUUCUUUCGUUUAUACCCUUGCCGCUGGUGAUUCUUUUGUGCUCAACAUGUCAUAUUUUCAUUGAUCUCAAUCUCAGCCUGUCAACUUUUCACUAUAUGUUAU